GACUUUUCUCUGAACAGGGCGAGAGGCAAAAGCGAUGUUGAACGAAGUGUUGCUGGAAAAACUUAAAAUAUUGGGUGAUUCCUCAGCUAUCAGCGACGACGACUUUGUCCUCGUGUUAAGCAUCGCCAAAAUUCUCGUUGUCUCAAACGCCUCGAACACGUCUUUGAAAGUCGGAGACGCUGGCAGCUCAUCAACAAGGCCAGAAAUAAACGCUGGAGUUGCUGCUGUCCUUGCGCUCCUGAACGAAGCAAGCCGCCAGAACGAGGUGUUGAGGUCUUUCUUAGAGCAGCACGAGUUCCCCUCCAGCAGAACUGAUCUGCUUCUUAAACUUCAAGAAAACGUGAAGAGUGCCACGAUUGUUGGGCUGAAGUCUGUGCAGAACCAGCUGCCUAAAGUGGUUGAUGCCAAUUGGAGUCUUCAAUAUACUGACAAGGAAAGUAGUAGUGAGCGUGUUGGUGCCCUAGAGUUCCAAGUCGAUUUGCAAACUCUUGACACCGAAGGAAAAGAGAAGCCAAUUCACUUCGCCUGCGACAUCAACGACAUGCAGGAUCUGGUCGGCCAGCUGAGAGAAGCCUGUAAACACGUUGAACGAGUCGCUGCCCAAUAA